AUGGCCUCGUCGCGCAUCUUCGUUCGAGGCCUCCCGCCCGCCAUCACUGAGGACGAGUUCAAGCGUUACUUCUCCUCCCAGCAGCCCAUCACCGACGCAAAGGUGCUGCCCCACCGCCGGAUUGGCUAUGUGGGCUACAAAUCCCCGGAAGACGCUGCCAGAGCCGUCAAAUACUUCAACAAGGCGUUCCUCAGGACGUCCAGGCUGUACGUCGAGAUCGCUCGUCCUAUCUCCGAUCAACCGCCGCCGAAGUCAAAGGGUCGGUCCGCAAACGAUGGUCCGUUCCAACCAAAGCUCAGUGGAAGCAAUGGGCCCCCUAUUGAGAAUGCAUUGAAGCGCAAGAGGCCCGGCCAAGACGCCCAAUUGCAACCGUCCAACCCAAAGCUUGAGGAGUUUCUGCAUGCCAUGCAACCAGCUUCAAAACUGAAAAAGAGGACUGUGGAAGCGGCAUUCGCAACAUCCGAAGCACUUCCCAGCGUUGAUGCCGCCGAAAGCGACGACGAGUAUCAAGUCGUGGCGCAGAAGUCGAAGAACUCUGCACCUUCAGAGGGGCCCAAGAAAAACUCCGACUCUCCGCUAGCUAUCAGGAAGCCCCAACGAGAUGGACACGAUGAGAGGCUAGACAUUCAACCUGUUCAUGAGGCACCUAUACGAGCGAUGCCAGACGGACCGGUCUCCGAUGCCGACUGGCUCCGUUCACGCAAAAAGAGGCUACUGGAUCUCGAAGACAACGGAGAUGACGCUGCGAGACCUGGCGAUGCGACAGCUCCAACACAGCAACUGGAUGUAGUUGAGGUUAUCGAAAGUGGCGCCGCCGAAGUCACAGCCUCUACCCUCCUAGAUGAGCAGAACGGAGCCGAUGAAGACGAUGGCGAAGAUGCGAAUGAAACUAAAAUACUGUCUACUGGUCGGUUGUAUCUACGGAAUCUAGGCUACGCUAUACAACUACCCAGCGGCGAAAAUAUCGAAGAGGAACUUCGAAAGGAUUUCGCGGCGUUUGGGGAAAUUGGAGAGGUUCACGUCCCGGUGGUCGCGGCUACGGGCCAAGGGAAGGGAUUUGCAUACGUCCAGUUUACCAAUCCCGAAGAUGCUGUCAAAGCCUACCGCGAGAAAGACAAGAAGACUUUCCAGGGCCGCUUGCUUCAUGUCCUCCCUGCCGACGCAAAGCGGGAAACGAAGUUGGACGAGUUUGAAAUCUCGAAGCUUCCACUCAAAAUGCAGAAAAAGAUUCAAAAGAAGGCUUCUGCGGAUAGGCAAACAUUCCAAUGGAAUUCGCUGUACAUGAACCAAGAUUCCGUUCUGUCUUCCAUUGCCGACCGAUUGGGUGUUCGAAAAUCUGAUCUCCUUGACCCUACCUCGUCCAACGCUGGUGUGAAGCAAGCUCAAGCCGAAACUCACCUCAUUUCAGAGACUAGGGCGUACUUUACUGAGAACGGAAUUGACUUGGAAUCCUUCAAGAAGCGAGAGAGAGGAGAUAAGGCUAUUCUAAUAAAGAAUUUCCCAUACGGCAGUGGUAGCCAGAUCAGAGAGCUCUUCGCGGAGUAUGGUCCAAUUACGAGGUUUCUGCUCCCUCCAAGCGGUACUCUCGCUAUUGUCGAGUAUAUGAAUGCCCCAGACGCAAAAAAGGCGUUUGGGAAGCUCUCCUAUCGUAAAGUAAAGGACUCGAUUCUAUUUCUUGAAAAAGCGCCGAAGGACCUUUUCUCCAAGCCACCUCCUUCACUCGGUGCUACCACGGAAAUUCAGGCUGCGACCGUCGAUUCAAAGAAGGGACAGCCAAGUAAACUGUCUGCCACUGACUUGCUCCAAAAGGAAGACCCAUCGCCUGAAGCGGCCGACACCUCCACGCUGUUUGUGCGAAAUCUAAACUUCUCUACCACGAGCGAGCGUCUCACAGAAGCGUUUUCAACUUUGGACGGAUUCUUGUCCGCCAAAGUCAAAACGAAAGUCGACCCCAAGCGUGGAGUCUUGAGUAUGGGAUAUGGUUUCUUGGAAUUCCGCACCAAAGAUCAAGCAGCAGCGGCACAAGUAGCGAUGACUGAUUACCUUCUUGAUGAUCACAAUUUGCUUGUCCGAGCAUCACACAAAGGGCACGAUGCCGCUGAAGAGCGUCGCAAAGAGGACAAGACUAAGAAAGGCGCCGGGAAGCAGACAAAGAUUGUCAUCAAAAACUUGCCAUUCGAAACUGACAAAAAGGAUAUUCGUGCCCUGCUCGCCACGUAUGGCCAACUUCGGUCAGUCCGGGUGCCAAAACGAUUCGAUUCUCGAACAAGAGGUUUCGCCUUUGCUCAGUUCAGCACCCCACGAGAAGCCGAAAACUGUUUGGAUGCUCUACGAAAUACGCAUCUCCUCGGUCGUCGCCUUGUGCUCGAUUACGCGGAAGAGGAGGGUGAGGAUGCAGAGGCAGAGCUUGAAAAGAUGCAAAAGAAAGUUGGCUCGCAAGUCAACAAAGUUGCGCUGCGAAAACUCACCGACACGGGACGAAAGAAGUUUAAUGUGUCAGGCAACGACGAUCUGGAUGAAGCUUAA